AUCUCAUACAAACCGAUCUCGAGGCGACCUCUAUUCCAAGGAUAUUAUAAUCUUUGGAUGUCAGCACAAGCCGGUCCGGGACCGUCGAGUUCCGCCUAUUUACAAGCUCAAAAGCAGAAUGGAAACCAUGAUGUCACCAUCAAUCCCGCUCUGACUGCCGGCAACGGCGGUACACCCGCUAACAACAAUUCUGGAACCGUCUUGGCACCGAUAGGAGGUACGGCAGAGACGCUGGCUCUUGGGGAGCCCAACACGUUUACGGACGCACAGUUGGAAGAGUUCAAAGAGCAAGAUCGUUACCUACCCAUCGCCAACGUAGGUAGAAUCAUGAAGAAUGCCUUGCCAUCGAAUGCAAAGAUCGCCAAAGAGGCGAAAGAAUGCGUGCAAGAAUGUGUUUCCGAGUUUAUCAGUUUCCUGUCAUCCGAAGCAGCGGAUAAAGUGGGGACAGAUAAACGAAAGACGAUCAAUGGAGAGGAUAUUCUAUAUGCCAUGACCGCGUUGGGCUUUGACAACUACCAAGAAGCAGGCAGAGUGUAUCUAGCCAAGUACAGAAAUUACAUCAACGAACACCCUCAUCGUCCCUCACAUCACGAACGAACAGUUCCACCUUCAGCUCAAACGUCAAAUCGAAAUACCCCACUUCAAACGCCUACCAUCACCGACGACCUCCUCGACCCAUCGAGCUUUCUCAACCAAUCUCCAGACGAAGGUUUUCCGGGCAACUUCAAUGCGUUCGUCAACGAUGACGCCGAUGGGCCUGGUGAUGAAGAUGACGAGGAGGAUGAGGACCGAGCAGGUUCUGGAUUACCAGACGAGAGCAAUGCGAGCGGGAAAGGAAAGCCCAAGAAAGCGCCGGCCGGAAAGAAAGCAGCGGGCGGUGGGGCAAAGAGAAAAGCAGGGGCUACAGGGACGGGUCCGCCCGACAAAAAGGCCAAGACGAAAGGAGCGGGGGCAGCAGCCACGACGGCGGGGAAGAAGGGCAGUAAGAAGUGAGUCGAGGGGAUUUGUAUCGGUUGAGAAGGUUGUAUGCGCCAGGUUGUAAGCCAUGGGGGGAAUCGAUACCGUGCCAUAUCGAACGGCCAGACUUUGGUUUCUCGACGGACUUACUUGACCUAUCAGCAUGGUUUUCGGUGAGAAGGUUGUCGAAAUCCCCGUUUUCAGAAGAG